UACUUGACGGACCACACAAAAGCAAAAAACACAACCAUGCUAGUACCCCACCAUUAAAAUGGUGAAACAAACCUAACACCACCAAUCCCCAGGGUCUUCAAAUCCCAAAUUCCCAUUUCCAGGUUUUUCAGACCCCCGCAAAAAUGUCCGACAAAACCCAGAAGACCAAGAAGGAGGCCCAGGGCCUGCUCCUUGGCCGGUACGAGGUCGGCAAGCUCCUCGGCCACGGCACCUUCGCCAAGGUCUACCACGCCCGGAACGUCAAGACCGGGGAGAGCGUCGCCAUCAAGGUCAUCGACAAGGAGAAGAUCCUCAAGGGCGGGCUCAUCGCUCACAUCAAGCGCGAGAUCUCCAUCCUCCGCCGCGUCCGGCACCCGAAUAUUGUGCAGCUGUUCGAGGUCAUGGCGACCAAGUCCAAGAUCUUCUUUGUUAUGGAGUACGUUAGGGGCGGCGAGCUGUUCAACAAGGUAGCCAAAGGCCGGCUGAAGGAGGAAGUGGCUAGGAAGUACUUCCAGCAGUUGAUCUCGGCUGUCGGAUUCUGCCACGCACGCGGCGUCUACCACCGCGAUCUCAAACCUGAAAAUCUACUACUCGACGAGGACGGCGAUCUUAAGGUAUCUGAUUUCGGCCUAAGCACUGUUUCUGAUCAGAUACAGCAAGACGGGCUUUUCCAUACCUUUUGUGGCACCCCGGCGUAUGUUGCGCCGGAGGUUUUAGGCCGGAAAGGCUACGAUGCGGCCAAGGUGGAUAUAUGGUCUUGUGGGGUUAUCUUGUUUGUUUUAAUGGCUGGCUACUUGCCAUUUCAUGACCAAAAUAUUAUGGCAAUGUAUAAAAAAAUUUACAAAGGCGAGUUUCGAUGCCCUCGGUGGUUCUCACCCGAGUUAACCCGAUUGCUUACCCGUGUUCUCGAUACGAAUCCCGACACGCGGAUAACGAUUCCGGAUAUCAUGAAUAAUAAGUGGUUCAAAAAAGGGUUCAAGCAUAUUAAGUUCUAUAUUGAGGACGAUAAGUUGUGUAGUAUUCCGGAUGGGGAUUAUGAUGUAGGGUCAGAGUCUGAUCAAUCGCAGUCCGAAUCAGAAUCGGAAGUAGAGACUAGGAGGAGACUCGCAUGCUUGCCACGGCCAGCAAGCUUGAAUGCGUUUGAUAUUAUUUCGUUUUCACCUGGAUUUGACCUUUCCGGGUUGUUUGAGGAGGGAGGGGAAGGGGCAAGGUUUGUUUCAGGGGCGCCGGUGCCGAAGAUUAUAUCGAAAUUGGAGGAGAUUGCGAAGGUUGUUAGUUUUACAGUGAGGAAGAAGGAUUUCAGAGUAAGUUUGGAGGGGACUAGGGAAGGAGUGAAGGGGCCAUUGACAAUUGCAGCUGAGAUAUUUGAAUUGACACCGUCACUACGAGUGCUGGAGGUGAAGAAGAAAGGAGGCGAUAAAGGAGAGUAUGAUGAUUUUUGUAAUCGGGAAUUGAAGCCUGGUUUGCAAAACCUCACGAUAGAAGAAUCUGCAGCGUCUUCACACGCGCUUUUGGAUUCUUCACAUUUGCUUUCAGCCACUUCUUUGUCACCUCCUGUUUCUUCAACUUUGGUGCCCGAUAGUUCGUAUUUGCCUUCAGAUACUGAAUGAAGAGAGAAAGAGGAGAAAAGACAUACAAAUUGUAGUAGUAUUUUCCUCAUGUUCCAUGAAGCCAUUACCAGUCCGUAUCAUUUUGUGGGCUUAUGAAAUUACCGUGCAGCGUGCAACCUGUAAUUGCACAUUUGGGAACUCUAGUCCAAUGUGUAUGGAUGCCAAUGUUUUACAGCAUUCUGAUGAGGUGAAAUGGAAAAUUACAACAUCCUGGAACA